GGUCUCGCACACACACACACACACACACACGCACACACACACACUUGAACGAAAUUCUCUAGCUCGUGGGAUCAGAUUUACGCUGUGGGAGCAGAAGGGACAAACGAAGAGAAAACUGUCCAGAUGUGUCUUGACCCCACUGAAGCCAUGUGUCUUGACCCCACUGAAGCCAUGUGUCUUGACCCCACUGAAGCCAUGUGUCUUGGCGUAGCUCAAAAUGCUAAGUUAAAAGUGCUGCUAUGAAUGGACAGAUGAUGCAAAGCUCUGGCCUGGUCUUGCUCAGCCUGCUGGUAGCCUCAGCCUAUACUGGGAAGAUCCUGAUCUUUCCUGUGGAUGGCAGCCACUGGAUCAACAUGAAAAUCUUGAUUGAGGCUCUUCAUGCCAAAGGCCACAACAUUACAGUCAUUCGACCUUCAGACAGCUGGUACAUUGAAGAAACAUCACCGUUCUACAAUUCCAUCAGUUUACCAAAAGCAGGGACUUUUGAUAAAGAUUUCAUUCAGAAUAUUAUAAGUAGGCUCUUGGAAAUUAUGAGAGAGGGUUCCACAUGGGCUCGCAUGAAAGUCGAGAAGGAGAUGUGGGACACGUCAGUUGAAAUGUUUGAGAAAGAGAGAAGAAUGUUGAUCAGCAUGUUUGAAGACCAGAAACUAAUGCAGACUUUGAGAGAUGCUAAAUAUGAUGUGUUUCUUACUGACCCUGUUAUAAUGAGUGGCACAAUUCUAAGUCAUUAUCUCAACCUGCCUCUUGUCUUUAAUGUCCGGUGGACCGUACAAAAUGAGGGACAUUUUGCAGUUGCUCCCUCACCACUUUCUUAUGUUCCACUGCCGAUGUUGGAGCUAUCAGACCACAUGAGCUUCUUUGAGAGAGUGUUUAAUGUUGUCAUGUACAUGGUAACUAGAUUACAGAUUAAGUAUUUUAUGGAUUCAAUAUACAAUGAUGUGUGUAGUCAACUUCUUGGUCCAGGAGUAAACUACUUUGAAUUAGUUCAGGCAGCAGAUCUGUGGCUGUUCAGAGUUGAUUUUAUCUUUGAGUUCCCACGCCCUACCAUGCCAAAUUUUGUCUACAUCGGUGGUUUCCACUGCAAAGAAUCCAAACCUCUUCCACAGCAUCUUGAGGACUUUGUGCAGAGCUCUGGUGAACACGGUGUCAUUGUCAUGUCUCUGGGAACGUUGGUUGGUCAGCUUCCUCAUGAUGUAGCUCAUUUGAUAGCUGAGGCUUUUGCAGAGCUUCCACAAAAAGUUAUCUGGAGAUAUAAAGGGGAAAGACCUUCCACUGUGGGGAACAAUACUUUAAUAAUGGACUGGAUGCCCCAAAAUGAUCUCAUUGGCCACCCUAAGACCAGGGUAUUUGUGGCUCAUGGUGGCACCAAUGGAAUUCAGGAAGCUAUCUAUCAUGGAGUUCCUAUAAUCGGUUUCGGACUCGUCUGGGAUCAGCCCGACAAUCUUGCAAAAAUGAGGGUGAAAGGAGUCGCAAAGAAUGUGAAUUUUGCAACUGUGGACAAAGACUCAUUCCUUUUAACCUUGAAAGAAGUUCUACAUGAACCUUCAUACCGGGAAAAUAUGCAGAGGCUCUCCAGACUCCACAGAGAUGUUCCAAUCAAACCAUUAGACAAUGCUGUGUUCUGGAUUGAGUACCUGAUGAGACAUGGAGGUGCAGCUCACCUACGAACACAAUCCUAUAAAAUGCCCUGGUAUUCUUACCACUCUGUAGAUGUUUUAUUGUUCCUCCUGUCUGUUCUUUUAUUUCUAGCCUUCACUACAUAUGUAAUCAUCAGACAUGUCUGCUGUAGGUGGUGCAUUAAGAGAAAAAGGGACUAGAUAAGACUUUGGUUAAAAACAUCCGAGAGCUCACCUUAAGUACAGGUCUACCAUGUUCUGUCAAAUAAAGUAGAAUAGAAUAGAAUAGAAUAGAAUAGAAUAGAAUAGAAUAGAAUAGAAUAGAAUAGAAUAUUUCAUAUGCACUAUAUGGCCAUAGAACAUGCAGUGGUUAUGCUGGAACAGGUUUGGGCUUCUUAGUUCCAGUGAAGGGAAGGAAACUGUAAUUCUACAGCACACAAGGUCUUUCUGUACUAUUGUACUGUACGUUCAAUUUUGUGGAAACAAUUUGGAAAGAACAAUAUAUGGGUGUCAUGGUUAGGGUGCACAUACUUUUGGCCUUUUAAUGCAUGAGUUCUAUGUAAUGUAUUUGUUAUUUUAACAGUUAUGUACACUCUACCUCUGAGAAUAAAUAAACAGCUUGUUUUUCA